UAUCGUCACCACUCACUAAUCCCUACCGGCCUACCCAUAGAUACACAAUUUUGCUUCUUCCUUUUCUUGAUUCUCCCUCUCUCCUUUCUCGUUCUCUCGCUCCACACAAACCAAUACCAUUCAUUCAUUGUUCUCCAACCUUCCUUCCUGUAUUCCAAUGGAAGAAGAACAUCAACAAUAAUAGCAAACUGAAAAUGAAAACCAAAACCAAAACCAAGAAGAAGAAGAUGAUGAUGAUGACACUGAAUUCAGAUUCUCCCGCAAAUCUCGUCGUAAACUAGGUUCCUUCCUCUCCUACCUAUUUGGAUUGGAUGCUCUCGACAUACCCUACCUACAUACAGACGAGCCUCAUGUUUUCCUUCUUCUUGUUCCUCUUCUUCUUCUCUAUUGCUUCUCUUUUCUCUUCUGUUUAAACAAUAAUAUACACACACUACGUCUCUUCUGUCUCCUGCUCCACUUUCUUCUAGGUUUUUUUUUUGUUCCCGUGCUUGUUUAUUUGUCUAAGAUAAGAUUGGUUCAGAGGCAGCAAUGGCGCUGCUGCUGAUUGAGGCUUUCCUGGAGAUUUUUGCAAGGCCGCCUACCAUCUCGGCGAUGGCGAUAGGGAUUGUACAGCUUUUAGGACCUCUUUCGAUUGCUUUUAUUUUGGGGAUGGUGGUGGGGUGGGUUUGGAAACCUAGGUGGGCGGGGGCGGCUACCUUUCGGAAUUGCAAAUUUGAUUUUUCGCCACCACCUUCACCUUCUACCUCGGCUCAUCAUCAUCUUCCUCAACAACAACAACAAGGCCGCCUUCCUCCCACCGAUUCUUCUCGUCACAUGGUUAAUGACGGUCCUUUUUGCAGUUCUUCAGAAGUUGAGAAAGAAAACAGUGAGCUUGUUACAUAUAAGGAUUUGGACCAUUUGUUCUAUCUAGUCGGAAGGAAAGAUGGAGGACCCCCUUGGAAGCAUAUGAUGGAUCGAUCAACCGAAGAUAUGAGCUACCAAGCAUGGCAAAGAGACCCGGAGAGAGGCCCUCCCCAGUAUCGUAGCAGGACUGUGUAUGAAGAUGCAACUCCUGAGUUAUUAAGGGACUUCUUCUGGGAUGAUGAGUUCCGUUUGAAGUGGGACAAUAUGCUCAUGCACGCUUCAGUUUUAGAAGAGUGCUCUACCACGGGAACUAUGGUCGUUCAUUGGAUACGCAAGUUUCCAUUUUUCUGCAGUGACAGAGAAUACAUAAUAGGCCGCCGGAUAUGGCAAUCUGGAUGCUCAUAUUACUGUGUGACUAAGGGAGUUCCCAAUGAAUCAACACCAAGGAAAGAAAAGCCGCGCCGAGUUGAUCUUUACUACUCAAGUUGGUUCAUUCAACCAGUGGAAUCAAGGAGAGGGAACGGACAAUUAUCUGCAUGUGAAGUGGUACUGUUCCAUCACGAGGACAUGGGAAUCCCGUGGGAAAUCGCAAAGUUCGGCGUACGCCAGGGCAUGUGGGGAGCUGUGAAGAACAUUGCACGGGGAUUCCGAGUUUAUCAAAAACACAGGGCGACUAAAGCGUCGCUCUCCCAUCAUGCCCUCAUGGCUGAGAUCAAUACAAAGAUUAGUCCCGACUACUUGAAGAUCCUGGAAGGCGGCGGCGGGGGGACGGAUGAGGAGGAGGGUACAUCAGAUGAACCACAACAGCAGUUGCAGAUGGUUGAACCAGUGGGUGUGGGUGUGGGUGUGGGUGUGGGUAGGGGGGGUGAGGGGAAGAUUAUUCCGAGGUUUUGGGUCAUUGCUGGGGUAGCUGUGGCUAUUGCUUGUAGUCUGGACAGAGGAUUCUUGACUAAGUCACUCAUAUUUGGUGUUGCCAGACAGUUUGGUAACAUAGGAAGAAGAGUUCGAGUUUCUGCCACUCCUAAUUAAUGACUCAGAGUCUAUCUGCUGCUACCAGUCUUUAUUUAUUUAUUUACCAUUUUUGGAGAGGAAGGAAAGAACCCCAUUUGUUUCCAUCAUGUACCAAUGUUGACAUUAAGAGAAUAAUAACAAUAAUAAUAAUCAUGAAGAUCAAUUAA